CUACGUCCAUUCAUUCGCCUUCAGGUUCGCCUUGAUCUCGUCAGUUUUUGUGUAAAUUCUUCAGAAGAAUGUCGAAGCCCACGUUGUACUACGCUCUUUUCAGUCCUCCAGCCAGGGCCUGCCUCCUUACGGCCAAACUGAUUGGAUUGGACCUUGAAUUAAAGCCAGUGGAUUUCUCCAAAAAAGAGCACCUGAGCGAGGAGUUCGUUAAGUUAACUCCUCAGCACCAGGUCCCUGUUUUUGUGGACACUGAUGGCGAGGUUUACGUGGACAGCCAUGCCAUUGUCUGCUUCAUGGUGGGAAAGUACGCCGGAAACGAUCGGCUUUAUCCCAAGGACUUGAAAACCCGAGCCCACAUCGAUCAUCGUCUGCACUACGAGAACGGAGUGCUCUUCCAGGUGGUGAAGGACAUUGUGGCGCGGAAUACCUACGGCGGAGAAUCCGAGUUUAAUGAGAGAUCCAUAACCCUCUGCCACAAUGCCUACGGUGACUUGGAAAACUUCUUGAAAAAUGGGAAAUUUGUGGUUGGAGAUGAACUCAGUGUGGCAGAUGUUUCCAUACACACCACCUUGGUGACCUUGGCGCUCCAAGUCCCAGUGGAUGAACAAAAGUAUCCUCGGGUCAGUGCCUGGGUGGAGCGAGUCAACCAGCUCUUGCCGGAGAACGAAGAGCUGAACCUCAAGGGCGCCCGAGCCUUGGACACCCGCAUCCGGAGCUGCAUGGCCGAGAACAAGGACAAGGGCCAAUAAAGACCUAUAUUUAAGCUUGAA